AUGGCGGGAAGGAACUACCACUGGUCCUCAGGUCAGUGCUUGGAGUUGCACUGUUUUAAACAAUGCUGUGUUGCCUUGAGCAGAUGUCUUCAUGCCUUGAAGGUGGGUUUCAACGUGUGCCAGAUGGAAACUGCGGUAGAGACAGAGCGGGCCUAUGCUAUUUUCCUGUCCCAUGACAUCAGCUUAUUACGCCUUUUUGAGACCUUCCUGGAGAGUGCCCCUCAGCUCACAUUGGUGCUCUACAUUAUUCUGCACACAAGUAAAGUGGAGAUAUUUCAAAUACUUGGCAUUUGCACAUCUUUCUUCUGUAUUGCCUGGGCACUCUUGGAUUAUCAUCAGUCCCUGCGCAGCUUUCUGCAGGAAAAAGACAAGCUGAAUUUCCUGUCAUCAGUCCUCUACUUCCUGUGGAACUUCCUGUUGGUGUGCCCCCGGAUCCUGUCCCUGGCUCUCUUUGCUGUGCUCUUCCCACACUACAUUUUCCUCCACUUCCUGGGCAUUUGGUCCGCCAUGUUCCUUUGGGUCUCAUUACAAGGCACUGACCUCAUGGAAGAUAACUAUGAAUGGACUUAUCGGUCAGUUGUAGCUGUGAUCCUCUAUUUCUGCUGGUUCAAUGUGGCUGUGGGGAAGACAUGCCACCGUUCAGCCAUAUAUCACACAUUCAUGUUGCUGGACAACAUUAUCCUCUCUGGUUCAUGGCUCUGGCACAAUGAUCCGUUGAGCAUGGACCUCCACCUGCUGCAUGUUCUCUUUGCUGCCCUGCCAUGCUACAUCCUUGGCAUCCUUCUAAGAGGGGUCUACUACAAAUAUUUUCAUCCAACAGUCCAGGCUACAUCCCCAAGCGUUUAUGAUGAAGUGGAUAGCCAAGGGUCCGGGAGUGACAUUGGUUUCAAGCAAAUGGUUGUGGUGGGCCAUGUGGACCAUUGGAGAUACACUAAUGUUGUGGGACAUGUUAACAUACAAGCUACAGCAUACAAAGACAUGCAACAUACAAGGAUAUACAAGCUGUCCCAAAACUUCUUUAUGAGAACUUCACAGGGCAGGCAGCAUCAAGAAAAUGGGACUCUUGUUGACAUAUAUUUGUGAUCUUUAAAUAUUAAGAGCCCCAUAAGGGCAGGACUUUGUACACUAGUUUGAAACACACCCACACACCAUGUUCGUAUUAUGCCUUCAGAGCUACAUGCUAAGCUUCUUGUGAGGUCACUGGUGUGAGGUAGUCCAGGAUGCUAAGCAUCCCUGGAUUCUUGAGCAUAGAGAUCCAUGCUCAAGGCCAGCUUCUCCUCACCUGAUCUGCACCAGUUGGGUUGAACUACAUAAGCUCCAGCUAAUCAUAGCCUGGGAAUCCUGUGGUUUAGUAUGACAUCUGAAACAAGUACACUGAGUUCCUUUACUUACUAAGUUAUUGAUUUUCUUCUAGUCUUGUGUGGCCAAAUAAAGAGCAGGGGUGGGCAAAGUACAUCCUUCCAGAUGUGUAAGGUUUCCAGCAUCCAUGCUGGAAUUGUAAUCCAGAAAUAUCUGGAAAGAUGUUCCUGGAAAGAAUGUUACAAUGAUGUUCUGUGAAUAGUUCUGUAGUUAAUCUUCUUGUCUUACCAGUUCAUGGCUCGGUUCUUCUGCCCCACAAUCCUAUCUGGAUUUGGGUUUAGGGGGGAGGUUGUUCUGUCAUAUAGCAUAAUUUAAAAUAUGGUAAACAUCCAGGGGUAACCAUGUUGGCCAUAUAGCAAAUCCAAUAACUUAAUAAUAAUAAAACUUUAUUUAUUUAUAUCCUGCCUAUUCUAGUUAGGCCUAUUGGAAGAGAUCCAUCUUGACAACUUUUUUAAAGCUAUCCAAGCUGGUAAUAUGACGUAUCUCAUCUGAUAGGCCAUUCCAUAGUCUAGGAAUGGAUGCAGAAAAUGUCCUCUGGGACACCGCAACUGAUCUGGUCUUCACCAGUUGUAACCAAUUCUUCCCAGAGGACCUGAGGGUGCAGGGUGGAUUGUAUGGAAGAAGGCGAUCCUUUAAAUAGAUUGGACCCAAGCCAUGAAGGCUUAUAGGUCAAUAACAAUACCUUGUACUGCGCCCGGAAACCAAUGGGCAGCCAGUGAUUUUAAACUAGGUGGAAUAUGGUCGUUUCUUGGUUUUACCUGCAACCAACCUGGCUGCCAUGUUUUGAAUCAAUUGAGGUUUCCAGACUAGGUACAAGGGUAGCCCCAUGUAGAGUAUAUUGCAAAAGUCAAAUUGUGAUGUUACCAGCACUUGUACCAGUUUCCAGGUUCCCCAGCUCCAAGAAAGUACACAGCUGGCAUAUCAGCUGAAGCUGAUAACAAGCACGCCUGACUGUUGCAUUUACCUGAUUUGUCAUCUGGAGCGACGUGUCUAGGAGCACCCCGACUACAAACACAGCCCUUUGAGGGGUGUGUGUGACCCCAUCUAGGACCCGUUGGUGUAUCUCAAUACCUGCAUUAGGGACCCUUACUAUGAGUACCUCCAUUUUGUCUGGAUUUGGUUUUAAUCUGUUUUCAUCCAGUCCAAUAAUGCCUUAAGACAUUCAUUGAGAGGCGAGAUGUCAUCUGUAGUCAAAGCUGUAGACCGAGACAUGGAGAAAUGUAUCUGGAUGUCAUCAGUGUACAGUACUGAUAACACCCUGCCCCAUGUCUCCCAAAUGAUCUCUCCCAGCGGCUUCAUAUACUGUACA